UUGGUGAUGACGACGCGCGCGCUGCACGUCGAGCUGCUAACGAGGCAGGUGGCGUUUUCGGGCGAGGAAAGCGAGAGGCUGCGGCAGGUGAGCUGCUGUAUCAGGGUCUGUUGUAGAAGGGAGCGACCAACCGCAUGAGGACGGGACGUGUAUACGAGGGCGUCAGGGAGAUGGCAGUUUUACGUGCGAGGCUGAAGUUGGGUCAGGCUGGCAGGUCUGCUUGCCUUGUGAUACCAGAGAGGUUGGCUCAGGCCGUCAUCGUCGGCCCGCCACCUCGUCCGAGACUCAACACCACCGCUUCCCCGCAUCUCGUCAUUCACACCAUCACGCCCUUCUCCAUUCAUCCUUUUCCCCUGCGCCGCAUCUCUCUGCUGGCGAAGCACGGCAUAUCAGGCUCACACAGCAGCAGCGCGAACAUCCUCCCGGGUUGGCGGUCGGCGUUGCUGCGCCUUCUCCAAAAUAGAAGGUGGCAUCAAACAAGCUCUAGGUUACGGCUUAUGUAUGUGGCUUCUCACGCGGGCCGGCGCGCAAUUUCCCGACGGCCACUCAGAUUCGUUUCCAGCGACCUUCCAAGACUAACCGGUCCCAACAACCACCGUCUCACUCGUCACAUGCCAACAUCAUCCCGCAUCUGCCCUGACCCAUGUUAUAGGCCAGAGGGAAUCCUUUUCUCUCCGGCUAAUGCCAGGUCGAUCGCUGCUCUCUGUUUUUCACGUCCCAAUUCACGUGCGCUUUUCUUCAGUCACGCUCAAGACAUUUUCUGCUUAUGCUUGCUUUAUUGAAGCAGCCAGUCUCAUUCGGGCACGCCGUCGCCGCCUUGUCUCUCUGUUUUCCUUUUUUUCAUUUUACCGCCUUUUUCCUUGACUCCAAUGAUCGAUCUCUACGUAUACAAAAUACUUUUUCCCACCCAUCAACUGAGGUCUCGUCUUUCGAC